GCCGCCGCCGUGGCCGCGGCACGGAGGAGAUUGGCGCGAAAUUUAGGAACACUUGCGGUCGUGCGGAUGAAAGUGGACUCUCGCGGCGGAAACGGCUACGGCCGGCGCGCCAUGGCGGAAGUAGCCGGAGCAUCGAUAUUUAAGUGUCAACCGUAGUAGCGUCGGCCAUCAGUCCGAUCGAAUCCGGGCGCGAUCGAGAUGGUGAGAGCUGCGAUGCUAUUUCUGCCGUUCAUCGCAAUAUGUUCGCUCACGUUACAGCCGACCUGCCACGCCCGGGACUUGGCCGGCGGCGCGAGAUCGCAUGUCAGCCGGCGCGACGUGGAAGGCCAGAACGGUGACCGUCAUGUGGGUCACCUGGGGGUCGUCGCCGACGCGGUGUCGUCGCCGGCGGUGGCCGCGGCGGACGCGGCCGGCGCCGACCUGGACACCGCGGCGACCGGCCACAAGGGUCACCACCACGAGUCCGGCGGUGGUCACAAGCACGAGUCUCAUCAUCAUGAGGAGCACGGCGGGAAGGGCGAGAAGGGCCACAAGAGUCAUCACCACCAUGACAAGAGCGAGAGUGGUAAGCACGACAAGGAGCACCACGCCGGCCACCAUGAGGAGCACGGCGGCAAGAAGAAGGGCCACCACGACGAGCACGAGAAGUACGGCGAGCACCACGAGGGCGAGAAGGGCCACAAGGGGGGCAAGUUCGGCGAGAAGAAGGGCCACAAGAAGGGCCACAAGACCAAGGGCUACCACAACAAGUUCCACAAGGACGAGUACCACAAGGAGCACAAGUUCUACGACGACUACCACAAGGGCGGCCACCACGAGAAGCACGGCGACUUCCACGGCCACCACGAGAAGAAGGAGGGCCACCAUAAGAAGGGCGGUCAUCAUCAUUCCGGUUAUCACGAGGAUCACCACGGUAAGAAGGGCCACCACGACAAAGGCCACCACGACGAGGACCACCACGGCCAUCACGGCAAGCACGGCCACGAGCAGCAUCACGACCAUCACGACGCCUACGGCAAGAAGGGCGACCAUCAUUCCGGGAAGAAGUACGGCUACAAGAAGGGACACUAGGCUUGUACGGAGGACGAACGCUCAAUCUACGACUACCGGUAGUUCUUUUCCUUCCACGUACCUGUUUCCGACGGGAUCGCGCGCGCGACGACGCCGUGUGUGUGGCUUGUGCACUUUGUACCGUAUUUUUUACAACGCAAAAAGAGCACCCGGGUGCACAAGUCGAUGGGUCCAAGUCCCGAUCGAGAUCAACGAUCUGUUCUUCUCUACUUCUCGAUUUGACCGACUCGUCGCGGUGCUUGGAACAUCACGUCGGGGUAUCGGCGAUCUAGAUGGUCAGCUUAUGCCACAUCGAUACGAUAUCGACUCGACUUGGAUGCGAUACCUAGAUCGCUGAUCGGCAGACACCCGGAUGUUCAAUCGGCAUGCAGAAAUCGGCAAAAUGUCAAGCGACGUCGGUAAUCAAUAAAGAAUGCAGCGUUUCUCAGA